AUGUGUAAUCUUCGCGUAAGUUCUGAUUCUGAUCAGUUUCCUGUACUUUCCAGGUCUUCAUAUUUCCCUUACUCUUCUCUGGUUCAGGCAUCUGAUUUGGGUUCAGCCGGUGGAAGUGUGCAUACAUCUCCAAUGGCGAGUCGUAACGCGUCGAUUGAAUUUUCGCCGGCUUCCCAGUCUAGCAUGUCUCCAUUAUACCAUCAGCAACAGCAGGCACAUAUAGAAAUGAUCUUUAGAUUAAAUAUUUUGCCCCCGCACAUGCUCUACCAACAACAGUCUGCGCAAACGUCUCCCUCAGCAGUUACCUAUCAGCAGCAGGCGUCUCAGACAUUGCAACCGAAUAACCAGCAACGAAGUGAACAGCAGAUGCAGCAAGGGUCAUCUCUCACAUUGCAGCAACAUGCGUACAUGCAAGAUGAAUCGCCCCAUCUACAAAGUCAGCACAAAAACCCUCUUUCCGAUGGAAGCAAUGAUUUUGCUAUGCAAGACCUUGGCGCCAAUAUUGCUGAUUGUGGUGGGGAUUUUAAUGACUUAGAUUCUAUUGAGCCUAUGCCAGAUGUUAGUUCAAGUUACCAGAAUACUACUCAUCCUGCAUGUCAUGCACAACCACCGCAGGGGCAGUUAAGCCGCCAUCCUCAGCAAGGGGGGUAUGGAACAGACACACAGCAGCAUUGUGCUGCGCCUGAUUAUGACUCGAUGGCGAUGCCUUCGACUUCGCAAGCCGAUUGCUAUUCUCGUCAGCAUCACAGUGUGAAUUCUUAUGCUCCUCAACAGCCACCUGGUGGCAUGCAGCAAAUUAAUUCAUAUCAAGUGCAACAGCGGCAGCAAGCACAAUAUCAUCAACAACAGCGCCCACAGCAUCAGCAGUAUCCUCAAUAUCAGCAACAGGACCAGCAGGAGAUGCAGCAGCAUUUGCGUCAGAGACAAAGGGUUGGAAGUUACCCGGCACAGAUGCCGUCUACAUCACAAACUGGUUUUAUCCAGCAGAAACCCCAACCUGUAGCUGCAAAUUCUCAGAACUCUUUAGUACAACAGCAGCGUGGUCAGCAAGGGCAAUUGCCACAAACGCCAACUGGUAGCUACGCGCAUCCGGCAUCUGUAGCGCAAAGUGGACAUCGGGCAUCAGUCGAUUCUUCCCCGUUACAUCAGUCGAGUCGUUGCGAAGAUGUUAUGUCGGGGAAUCUAGAAGAGGAAGGUAAUAUGGAUCCUGCUAAAACGGAAAUGUCUUUAAAGGAAGGCGAUAAAGAUCCAAUCAAUUCAACUAUAGGUCUUCAUUUAAUCAUGCCUUGUGAAAUACCUCAGUAUUAUUCAGCUUAG